AUGUAUCCCAUCCCUCACACCAAAGGCCUCUUCUCGCUCUCUCAUCCUGUUUCUCGUCAGGAUCCGAAGCGGCGACAAAACAUGAAAAAAUCAAAAGUGUUGCGAAACCUUGCCGCAAAUGUGGUUCCCAUGCAUGCCUCCCAGCAAGCUGACUAUUUGUUGCUCGCCUUCUAUAUGCUCGUGUAG